UGAACUGACAGCAGAGGGCGUGACUCACCUGUCAAAUCUGACAGGUGAGCCACGCCUUCAUCCAUCAGCUGAUAAAGACGCGUCACAAACACAUCAGUGACACUCUGAUGAAGGCGGAAGAUUCCGCCGAAACAUGUCAGGUAAAUGAACCUAAAACAAAUUUGUUUGAUAUAGAAGAACCAGAGAAGUAAAUAUUAUUCUUAUAAACAAGCAGUUUUUCAAGAUAAAAUACAUCUAUACUAUCUAUCUCCAAAGUUAAACACAACUAAAUGGCACUGAAGAAGCUGUUGAAAUGAAUAACACAUUAGAUUGUUAGAUAAAGGCGUAUCAUAAGUUCACGCACAGCUGGUGUUCUGUCACAAAAUGGCCCAAUAGGCUUGUUUAGGAUGCUUCCAUCCAACACUUGAAAGCGUGGAAUAGAACUGCUGGAGGGUAAAAAAAAAAGUCGACGGAAUGGGUAUGUACUGGAAUUUUUUUAUGUGAAUACAUGCACAUGAAACCGAUUCUCGACACCGAUCCCUAGUGGAUUUAAUUCCUCAGCCUCUCCUCAUCUUUGCAUAUCUUUUUUUCCCCUCCUCCCUGUCAGAUCUUACAUAAUGCGACAUGGAAUUAUUAGAACAUAAACCACACACACACUAAUCCCUCGUUGCUAUCGCUUCAAAGAACCGCUGCAGAUAUUCAAGCAAAAAAAAAAAAAAAAUAAUCAGAGUAUGCGUGGCAGGUUUAUGAUGUUUAGUUACAUCAGAGUAUAUUGAAUGUGGAGUGUUAAUGUGUGAACCUGCAUAAAAUUAGCAUCAAUUUACCGGAUUAUUCUUCUUGUGCAUGAUGCCAAAAUGGAUUUAAAAACUACAGCAACAGGAUGUACAAUAUUCCCUCCAUUGAUCCAGAAGACUCCUAUAGUAAGAACAUUUAGUAUAACACUCAAGUCCCUAAUAUUUGAUUUUACACUGUUCAGUUUUCAAACGAGCCAAUAGGAAAUGGCUUGAAACUUGUGUUUUGCUUACGCCUCAUGACAUAAAAUUCUUUCUUAACCCCAAUCCCCCGUAUGGAUGUGUGUGUCUACCAAAUCUUAAUCCUCAUUGUUAUGCUUGACAGGCUUUGUCUCGGGAUUAAGACGCAGGUUUGGACAUCUAGGCGCAUUGCUUUACAUAGACUUGUACCUUCCCAUACUUCAAUUGGCUCACAAAAUACAUGUUGAGAAAUUGCAAAUAAAAGAUUUAUGUGCUUAUUUUAUUUUACACUUGAUGGGUAGAUGGAUAGCUAGCGAGCUAAAUAGCUAAUAGUUAGAUACUUUAUUGAUCCCGGGGGGAAAUUCAGUUUUCCAGCAAGACAAACUGAUGAUACAAGUGCAAACGUAAUAUUGUUUGUAUUUACAUAUCCACGAGAGAGAAGUUGAUGUUUUUUGUGCUAUCAAGCCUCAGAGAUGAAGUGACAUCUGCUACAAAUGCUUUGCGUGCCUUAAAAGUUCAUUAUCCCUACUUUGUACUUAAUCUUCGCCCUGGCAUGGCCUGAUAGAAAUUACAUGACCAUGCAAGCCAAGCAGUUUGUUAAACUUCGACGUAGAUAGUCAUUUCGUUUCCCUUUGACUUCCUCCACUGCUGCUUUAUCUUGCCAUGCAAGCCAAGUAAGCAACGAGUCAUCUUAUUAGCUGAACAAACGUCUCGGAAUCCUCGUGUCUGGUUGGUUAGCAAUGUGAUCUUCAGACGUCAGCCAAUGGUGACACUAAGAUUAAGGAGGAAGUCAAUCCAAUAGAGUGUUUUCCUUCUCAGGACCAACGUGGUUCUUGUAAGAAUAGAAAUCCUAUAGAGUGUCAACUGCUCUGGUCUGGUCUGAUUCCUUUUUCAUUGCUUUUCUGUUUUGGCGAACAUCAAACCUAAACUCGUUUGCUGAUCCAGCCAAAAAGUGUCAAGCAGAGAUGCCGUCCCCAUUUGGAGCAGGCCAAGCUCACGAGAAGAAAAUCGGCCACAGGAGAGUCGAUGCCUCAGGAGAGACAACGUACAAGAAGACCUCCUCCUCCGCCUUAAAAGGAGCCAUCCAACUGGGUAUUGGCUAUACGGUUGGCAAUCUCAGCUCCAAGCCCGAGAGAGACGUGCUCAUGCAAGACUUCUAUGUGGUGGAAAGUAUCUUCUUCCCCAGCGAGGGCAGCAACCUUACACCGGCCCACCACUUUCUAGACUUCAGGUUUAAAACCUACGCCCCCGUGGCUUUCCGCUACUUCAGGGAACUGUUUGGAAUCCGGCCAGAUGACUACCUGUAUUCCCUUUGUAAUGAGCCACUGAUUGAGUUGACCAAUCCAGGGGCGAGCGGCUCCAUUUUCUACGUAACACGCGAUGAUGAGUUCAUUAUCAAAACUGUCCAACACAAGGAGGCAGAGUUUCUACAAAAACUGCUUCCUGGCUACUACAUGAACUUGAACCAGAACCCUCGGACAUUGCUGCCAAAGUUCUUUGGCCUCUAUUGUGUCCAGUGCGGGGGUAAAAACAUCCGACUUGUUGUGAUGAACAAUAUUCUACCGCGCUCUGUACGCAUGCACCUUAAAUUCGACUUGAAGGGCUCCACUUAUAAGAGGAGAGCGUCGAAAAAAGAGCGGGAGAAAACCAAACCCACUUUUAAAGAUCUGGACUUCCUGAGUGACGUUCCCGAGGGUCUCAGUCUGGACCAGGACACGUACAAUGCUUUGGUCAAAACCCUGCAAAGAGACUGUCUGGUGCUGGAGAGUUUCAAGAUAAUGGACUACAGUUUGCUCCUCGGAGUCCAUAACAAGACACAAGCACAGAGAGAACGUCAGUCCCAAGGUUCGCCAGCAGGUGGCGUGGAUGAAAUGCGGCCUGCUGCUCAGAGAGCUCUGUACUCCACUGCAAUUGAGUCCAUACAGGGAGGGUCCACAUGCAGGGAAACUCUCGAUCAUGAUGACACAAUGGGUGGAAUUCCAGCCAUGGGAGUCAAAGGAGAGAACCUCCUCCUGUUCGUCGGCAUCAUCGACAUUCUGCAGUCCUAUCGCUUGAUUAAGAAAUUGGAGCACUCCUGGAAGUCUCUCAUCCACGAUGGGGACACAGUAUCCGUUCACAGGCCGGGUUUCUACGCCGAGCGCUUCUACAAAUUCUGUAGCGCAGUUGUCUUCAGGAAGAGCUGCUCAUUAAGACCAUCUCCUUCAAAGAGAGGUCGAGGAACUCUCGCCAUGUUAAAAUCCGGGUCGGCCGGCCAGCGUCCGUCGCAAAACGACGAGGUGCAGGAAAACCUGGAGAGCCUGCGAGGACCUCACAGCUUCCUCAUGCUGGAGGACAGUGGGAGAGAGCCGCCUUGCACGCCUCCCUCUUUUGAAGACGCCACCACGGCAUCAAUCGCCACCACGCUCUCCUCGAACAACUCCUUACCCACCACCACCCCCUUCGAUACACCCGAGCACCCGCGCUGCAGGAAACAAAUGCUCUCGCCCAAUAUGGCCAAGCUCCACAAAGAGAUUGUUGACGUCCAUGAGAAGAGACAGGACACCAUAACGGUAGAGGUUGAGCUCAGUAAAAUUCCAUCCAGCACUGAGCUGACACAGAAGACCGAAGCGAGCUCGCCAGCUGACAAUCAGCCCAGCUUCAUUCCUCCUCCUUCCACUGCGCAUUACUCGUCUACGCUUCCUCCCACCUUCCUGUCCUCCUCCGCCACUGCUCAAUCAGCUUGCCAAUCCUCCUCCACACUUUCCUCUUCCAUCCGCCCCUCCACCGAAGCACUCAUCUCCCCCCUCACACGCGCGGCGACCCCUCGCACGCAAGCUACACGUUCCGCUUCGGCGAACCCUCCGGCCCCAACCGCACUGCAGCCGUCCUCGGCGUUUACCCCCAUCCGUCCCGCGUCCCCUCACGCCUCCACGCAAAGUUCGUCUGCGGGCAAACCAAUGAGCAAUCAGCUGUCCGUCUCCAGCAGCCACAACUCACUGGAUGGGGAGGUGCAGGUUUCUGAUAUCUACUUUACUCAGGACGACCAGAGCUGUGUGCAUUCUCCUCAUUCCAGCUCUGAGGAUGACUCAUGAGGAACGUCAGACAUCGCUCAGAGAGGAGCAGCGAGAAGCAAGAAGAGUGUGAAAGAGCUCGCAAGUUGUCGAUCGAACUGAUACAGUACUCCUCUGCAUUGAUGCUGAGAACAUAGGUUGCAUGUGGAAUUUUGUAACUGUGAUUCAGAUCGACCUUAAAAGCAUUUAGUCUAAAUGAUCCUCAUACUGUACAUAAAGGCAAAUACAUACUCAGCCAUUCAUAGAAAUACAUAUAUAAAAACAAAAUACAAAUGUAAGAAGAGAAAAUUCCCAGAGAUGAAAUUCCAGACAAUUUAGAGUGGUGCAAUAAAUUAUAUUGAUCAAUAUGCUGGCUAUGCAAUAUGGACUAUUAAUUUUUUUAGCAACAUAAACAUAUUGCACUUUAUUAUUGUACUUUUAAAAAAAGAUAUUGUUUUUCAAUCAACACCUAUUGUAUUUUUAUUUUAUUUUGUCAUAACCGUUGCAGACAGAUAUUGUCGCAAUGUCUACUGGUCCAAUGUCAAACAUGCCUUAUUGACUGUCACAUUUCGAUCUGCAAUAUUAUGUGAAAAAUAUUUUUCUAGUUUUCAAUGAAAGCAUGAUAAAGAUGGCGAACAUCUUUUGACAAAAUGUUAAGUCAAACACUUUUGUGAAUGUGUGCACACCAAUAAAAAAUGGGCAAUUAAAAAAAAAAAAAAAAAAACAUACCUGCAUGGAGCAUUGGCCAGCAUUGAAGAGUCCUUCCGAUGAGAUGACGCUGAUAUUCGGCUUGCCUCUGUGGCUGAUGUCGCUCCAGUCUUCACCAACCCCAAACAUUUGUUCUUCUCACAUCUGGAAUUUCCAAACGAUCCCAGAGAACAACAAUCCAGAAAUAAUCCAAUCCUGGGGCUAAUAAACAGUGUUAACUAGUAUGCACUUGCAUUUGAAAGUAAGGACAGUUCUGAUGGUGGUGAAGGUAUAUAUAUAAAAAAAACAAAAGACCUGCAGGUUUAUUUUCCCAAACGAUAAUUGUUGGCUACCUGUCAAGCCCUGCCAUGUUCAAGACAACCUCGGGUUUUAUUAUAGGCUUCCCAGGACAAUGCAUGACAAUGCAUGAGAGUCUCUCUUGUGGCAUGGAGGUAAAUUACAUCAACCCAAAACUAAUGCAAAAGGACAAAAAAAAGGCUCAUCCUGGUUUUCAGAUGUCAUGGGAAAAAAAAUGUUAACAAAUGUUUGUUAACUGUACAUUUAUAUAAGUCUAUAUAUGCUUCCACAUGUAUAAAUGAUAUCUUGACAGAAAUUGUAACUGUGCAAUUCUCUAUUGAUGUUAUGUUAUUUUUUUAUUAUCUAUCAUCAUUUACUUUUGUUCCUUUCCUGCACACAUACUGAAUAUAUAGAGAAUGUAGUGAAUAAAGAGCAUGUAAAUAUACUUAA